AUGGCCAAAAUUCCACGUAACUUUCGUCUGCUCGAGGAGCUGGAGAAGGGCGAGAAGGGUAUCGGUGAUGGAUCGUGCUCGUAUGGUCUUGAAGAUGGCGACGAUAUCAUGAUGAGCCACUGGAAUGGCACUAUCAUUGGACCAGGCCAUACUGUUCACGAAAACCGCAUCUACAGCCUUAAGAUUGUGUGCGGUGAACAAUACCCAGAUCAGCCACCGACCGUGCAGUUCAUCUCUCGCGUGAACCUCCCUUUCGUCAAUCCAGCGGAUGGCACUGUGGAUCCAUCUAAACUCCCCGUGCUCAGCUCCUGGAGCAGAAAUCAUAGUUUGGAAACCGUGUUGGUCGAGAUCAGAAGGGAAAUGGCUUCAUUCAACAACAGGAAACUCCCCCAGCCCCCCGAAGGCUCGACAUUCUGA